UGCUCUGUUGCCGCUUCAAAUACUUUCGCUAGCCCGGCUUCUGCCUCGACGUUUGCAUGCCCUCUGUGUGAGAAUUACCUUUCCUACUUUACCAGUCACUCGUUAGACUUCCAAUCGCUCUUCUAUUUGCCUUUUAAUUCUACUACUUCUUCUCCUACGCCCGUCAUGAAGGCCUGUGUCGUCUUCUCCAUCUUGGGAGCCGCGGUUGCUCCCGCCUUUGCCAGCGUCGUCGCCCGACAGUCCAAGGGAAACCUGCCACCCGUCACCGUCAAGGGCAAUGCCUUCUUCGCCGGCGAUGAGCGUUUCUACGUUCGUGGUGUUGCCUACCAGCCAGGUGGUGCCGCCGACGCACAAGACCCUCUGCUCGACCUCGAGGGUCUCGCACGCGAUGUCGAGAACUUCAAGUCACUCGGUAUCAACACUGUCCGUAUCUACACCAUCGACAACUCGAAGAACCACGAUGAGGGUAUGAAGAUGCUCGACGAUGCCGGUAUCUACCUGGCGCUCGAUGCCAACACGCCCGACUACUCUCUGAACCGUGAGAACGAGGACACCCUCCACCGCUCGUACAACGAUGUGUACCUGCAAUCCGUCUUUGCUACCAUCGACGCAUUUGCCGACUACAACAACCUACUCCUCUUCUUUUCUGGAAACGAGGUCAUCAACGCUAAGAACAACACCAACGCUGCUCCCUACAUCAAGGCUGUUACUCGUGACAUGAAGCAGUACAUCUCCAACAGGCACAACCGUGUCAUUCCCGUGGGAUACUCUGCCGCUGAUGUUUCCGAGAACAUCGAGUUCCAGGCUCUCUACUUCAACUGCGGUACUGACGAUGAGCGCUCCGACUUCUUUGCUUUCAACGACUACUCCUGGUGCGACCCCUCGUCUUUUACCCAGUCUGGAUGGGACCAGAAGGUCAAGACCUACAGCGACUACAGCAAGCCCAUCUUCCUGUCUGAGUUUGGCUGCAUUACCAACACCCGCCAAUGGGGCGAGAUCGCGGCUCUCUACUCCACCAACAUGACCGGUGUCUACUCUGGUGGUCUCGCUUACGAAUACACCGUUGAGCCUAACGGUUACGGUCUUGUCGAGGUCGGCGACGAUGGCAAAAUCUCGCCCAACAAGGAUUUCGAGCGUCUCGCUGAUGCUUACAAGGAGACUGCUAACCCCUCCGGCGCUGGUGGCUUCAAGGAGAACGGCGAGGCUUCCGAGUGCCCUUCUGAGUCUGACGAGUGGCAAGUCGAGGGCACCACCCUCCCUGCUAUCCCCAGCAAGGCUAUGAAGUUCAUGGAUGACGGUGCCGGUGAGGGUCCUGGUCUUGAGGGUGAUGGCUCGCACUUCGCUGGCGAACCCAGCGAGUCUACUGCUACCCCCGGAUCUGGAAGCCCCACUCGUUCGCCCACUCCCGGCUCCAGCGGCGGUGCUGGUAACCCCGAGGGUGCUGCGGCUGGUCUUGACGUACCCCUCCGUUUCGUCGCUAUGAUCGCUGCCAGCGCUCUCUUCGGUGCUGUCAUCGUAUUCUAGGUUGAUCGUUGCUGAGUUAUGCAAAGCUUGUGUUUCUGUGAGCAUGCAUAUGGGAUAGAUGUAGAAGAAUCGUUUUAUUUGUUUCUGGAGUUUUUGACUGCCAUAGCCGGCAUUGUAUAUACCUCGGUCGUCACAGAUGCGGGGUCUUUUGUGUAGUAAUACAUACAUACAUGACCAUCGGCCUCGUUCCAAAGCAUCUGUGUGACCAUGAAUAACAAGUAGUGACUAGGUAAUGUCUGCUAGCGUU